AUGCUAUGCAAUAUCUGCCGCGAGGGUCUCCAGGGCAUUUGGGACCCCUCCAAGGCUAGGCGAGUAUGCAGGGAAAUCGAGUUCGAUGAAAAACUCAAGGAAGAUGAGCGCUUUCAUCAGGCGCCUCCGUCGCACGUGGAUGAUCAGCACCCAACACACUUUUUGUUCGGCCACCAUCCAACUUUAGAGUCCUAUCUACAGUCUGUUGCCGAUGGAUGUGUUAUGUGUUGCCAGUCCAGACAUAAUGGUAUGGAGAUCGAUCAAGAGGCCGCGAUGGCUGAGCUAGGGUUUUAUUCCUUGUUCGCUGUUGGCCUCCUAAGUGCAUACCCGGUCAUGAGUAUAUAUACACCCAAUACUCGUUUCAACCAGCCGCUGAAAAUGUUCGACGGCUCCCCCCAUGACUGCAACCUCGGUAUUAGCCCAUCAACCGGAGAUGCCAAGGCCUGGAGCUUGGUUCAGAGCUGGAUGGAUACAUGUGUCCAGACCCAUGGGCGCUGCAACCAAGCCACUGAUUUUAUUCCAAGCUAUCUACUCGAAUUGGAUGACCUUGGCGGAUCAUUCUGUUUGAUCCCAGCUGACCAGCUUUCUACCCAGUCUGGUGGUCCUCUCUCCACAUUGCCCUUGGCCUAUAGGGAUGCCUUUGCUGUGGUUAAACGGUUGGGUCUCCGUCAUCUUUGGAUCGACCAUCUUUGCAUUCUUCAAGACGAACCACCACUUAGCAACAACAAGAUACAGGAUAUCUUGUCUAAUAGCUUCUGUGGAAUUGGCGCUACAGGAUCCACUCUACCUUCUUCUGGGCUGUUUACCAAAAGAGAGCCGCAUCUUAUUACACCCACUGCGUUUGAAUUUCCUCUUGACGCCAAGGGAAAUACAACCUUGUUGAAGUUCCACAGGCCAGAGAUGGUGCAUUUCAAGGAUGAGCCAUUGAUCCAAACUGCAAAAGGUUUCCGGGAACGUCUUCUAACACCACGGAUGAUCCAUUUUGGGACCUCACUUAUCUCCUGGGAAUGUCAUGGUGCUCUUUGCAAUGAGAUAAACCCUGGCGGUAUCCUGCACGGGCCCGGAGGGUACACUAAUAUAGAAGGGGAGAAGCCGAUUGUGAUCAGUGAGAAGUAUGUGGUUGGCAAACCGAUCCGGGCACCACCUCGACCCGCUUGGAAGCCGCUUAUUCACACUCGUCCCUUUUCUUAUCCUCUUGGUAACCCCAAGAAAGACAUACUGAGUCGUUGGUUCCAGCUUUUGCCUGAAUAUACAAAAUGCACCCUGGCAGAUCCGGAGGAGAGGCUCGUUUGCCUGGAGAGUGCUGCUAUGGGGAUGAAACCUCACCUGAAGGAGCAGGGUUGCGAUGACACAUAUCUUGCCGGCAUGUGGAAAGAGACUUUGCCUACAGCCUUAGUCUGUUAUGCCUGUGGUAGUGCAAAUCGGCGGCCCCGGUAUCGUGCCCCUUCGUGGAGCUGGGCCGCAAUAGACGGUCCCAUCAACUACGAAGAGGGUCUGAGCGGGUCAUUCACCACUCAGAGCCUCUGUGAGCUUGUGGACGUGACCUCUAGGACAAAUGAGGCAGGGCUAGUCAUCGCCAGCAACCUUACUCUCAAAGGAAAACUUCUCAUCGGAAAGUCAUCUCCCAACCCCAACUACCCCGAUGAGCCAUACUAUGAGACAGAAAUGGGCAUUGACGGGUUGCUAGACCCUGGCACAGGCGCUGAUGUUGCCAGGGUGCCGGACUCUCAUGACAGGCUCCAAUGGUCUAUCCGCUUUGAUACUAAGCAGGAUGUAAAGGAGGAUAUUCACCUUUUCCCAAUUAUUACAGCGUUGAUUCGAGAGAAGUGGCCCCAAGUCUAUGGGAUUGCUCUAACCAAGCUUGAUAGUGGGGCCUAUCUUCGUUGUGGUAUGUGGAGCAUCUGUCCAUCUUCUUGGGAGGAAUCAAGAGGAUUAUUCUGCGGCCUGCCAGACUCCAAGAUUACAAUCGAGUAG